AUGGCCACAGAAGUAGAAAUUACCACCACCACUACCCUCCCCCACCGUAUCGUCCUCUCGCGGGACAGAGUCGAACCGGGCUCGGUCAACAUCCCCGUGGGACAACCCCCCGCCACGAGCUCUACACCCCCAGCGUCCGUGGACGAGGUGGCAACGACAGCCAUCGACAAUCUGAACAAGGCCCUGCAAGCGAAGGACCACCAGGCGAUCGCACAGCUGUUCCUAGAAAACGGCUACUGGCGGGACCAUCUGGCUCUCUCGUGGGAUCUGCACACGCUGAAGGGUCGAGACCGGAUAGCGAGCUUUCUCUCCGAAGGCUGCCGUCUCACCAAGGUCGAGAUCGAUCGGUCGUCGGCCUUGCGCGCUCCGCACUUUGGUCCCAUCGAUGGCGGGAUUGGGGAGGCCAAGGGCGUCGAGUUCUUCGUCACUUUCACCACCGAGGUUGGUAAGGGUCAGGGUGUGGCAAGACUGGCGGAGGAGAAGGAUGGUCAAUGGAAGAUCUUUACUUUCUUCACGUCGCUGCGUGAGUUGUCCGGUCAUGAAGAAAACCUGAACCAUCGACGACCGAAAGGCGUCGAGCAUGGAGGACGGCCAGACCGGAAGAACUGGCAGGAAAGACGAACGGCAGAGGCGAACCUCGAGGGAAAGGAGCCGACUGUGCUGAUUAUUGGUGCCGGCCAGGGUGGUCUCACUGCUGCCGCCCGCCUGAAAAUGCUCGACGUGGACACGCUGGUGGUCGAUCGUGAAGAUCGCAUCGGCGACAACUGGCGGCGAAGAUACCAUCAACUCGUCCUGCACGACCCAGUCUGGUACGACCACAUGCCCUACAUCCCGUUCCCAUCUACAUGGCCCAUCUUCACCCCAAAAGACAAAUUGGCCGAAUUCUUCGAGUCCUAUGCCAAACUGCUCGAGCUGAACGUCUGGGUCCGCACCACUCUCACGUCCUCAUCCUGGGACGAGAGCAGGAAACAAUGGACGAUCACCCUGCAGCGGCAAAAAGACGACGGCACGACGGAAACCCGCACUGUGCAUCCGCGCCACGUCAUUCUCGCAACUGGCCACUCGGGCAAGAAGAACUUCCCGUCCAUCAAAGGGAUGGAGAGCUUCCAGGGCGACCGUCUCUGCCACAGCUCCGAAUUCCCCGGCGCCAGAGCGGACGCCAAAGGCAAAAAGGCCGUCGUCGUCGGCUCGUGCAACUCGGGCCAUGACAUCGCGCAGGACUUUUACGAGAAAGGGUACAACGUGACGAUGGUGCAGCGCAGUUCGACCUGCGUCAUCUCGUCCGAGUCCAUCACGGAGAUCGGCCUCAAGGGUCUCUACGACGAGGACGGCCCGCCAGUCGACGACGCCGAUCUCCUGCUGUGGAGCAUCCCGUCGGAGAUUCUGAAAGCGCAGCAGAUCAAGGUGACCGCGUUGCAGAACCAGCGCGACAAGAAGACGCUGGAAGGGCUGGAGAAGGCCGGAUUCAAGCUGGACAUGGGGCCGAAUGACGCUGGUCUCUUCUUCAAGUACUUCCAGCGGGGAGGCGGCUACUACAUUGAUGUCGGGGCCAGCCAGCUGAUCAUCGACGGCAAGAUCAAGAUCAAGCAGGGCCAGGAGAUCACGCAAGUGCUGCCUCAUGGCCUGGAGUUCGCCGACGGAUCCCAGCUGGAGGCCGACGAGAUUGUCUUCGCGACGGGAUACCAGAAUAUGAGGACGCAGGCGCGAGAGAUCCUGGGCGAUGAAGUUGCCGAUCGAGUCGGCAGUAUCUGGGGCUUUGAUGAGGAGGGGGAAAUGCGGACGAUCUGGAGACGGAGCGGCCAUCCGGGCUUCUGGUUUAUGGGUGGGAAUCUGGCGCUGUGUCGGUAUUAUUCAAGGAUUCUGGCGCUGCAGAUUAAAGCUUUGGAGGAGGGUAUUACGAGUUAUGGUGCUAGAUGA